GUCAUACACUAUCCUUAUCUAAGUUUGAGACGUUCAGUUGAGAAAUGGAGUUUCUACUGGAAAGGCCCUUCCCUUAUUCAGGCAUCAUAUGAUGCGGCCCACGGGAAACCGUUUAUACUCGAUGCUCCAGGCCGACGCCAUACCCUCGUGUCUACGAAGCAGCAUAUCAAGGAUCUUGAUAAUGCACCAAAGGAUGUUCUUUCGUUACAGGCAGCAGCCAAAAUCAUGUUACAACCCAAAUAUACCAUGCAUAGUUUCAACUGGCCUGAUAAGAAAGGCCUUGAUGGAGCUCCUUUGACUAGAACAUUGCGAGCUUUCCUGAGACAUGAUCUUGGUAGGAUCUUACCGAAAACACGCGUUCGGAACGAAAUCCUUCUCAGGAACAUGGUAGAGGAGAGCCAAGGACGACCAUCUAUUAGCCAUGUUUUUCAUACCCUUGUGGCAAGCACUCAUUCGCUGGCCUUUUUUUCUGACGAUCUUGUCAACGAUACAGAGUUCAUGGACGCUGCCCUCGAUUUCAUCUUCAGGGUCAUUUACAUUGCCGAACCGCUUAAUCUACUGCCAGAAUUUUUACAACCUAUGAUCGGUACUUUGGUGGGAUGGAUGUGUCCAUCGCAGAAAGUAAUGUUCGACAAAGUCCGAGCUCUGGCUCAGAUACGCCUCGACGAGCGAGAGCAGGCAUCCAGAGGUAUCAAGGGGCCUGAACAUAGGGACUGUCUGCAGUGGGUGAUCGAGCAAACCCAUAAGCUACGGCCAUGGUCAGCAGAUAAAGUCGACCCAUGGUCAGCAGAGCGAGUAACCCAUGAGAUGAUUGCAUUAUGGUUUGGAGCAAUGCACAGUGUCACUUCAACUCUUAAUUACGUCAUACAAGACCUCUGUUUGCAUUCAGAGUAUGUAACACCUCUCCGGAUGGAGCUCGAAAGUGCUGCCUUCAAGGCUUUUGAAGCAACAGGAGAGGGACUACCUCUGCUGGAGAGCUUUAUUAAAGAGUCUCAGAGGAUGAAUCCUUUGGAUUUAGUUGGAACUCGACGACUAGCCUUGAAGCCAUUCACUUUCUCCGGCGGUCAUCAGGUGAAUGCUGGUGAAUGGGUAUGCACACCGUUGACACCAAUGCUCAAGGACUCGGCCAAGUGGGCCCAACCCAACGAAUUCAACGGCUUCCGUCAUGUGAGUUCCGAAAUACUCGAUUCUUUGAAAGAUCGUCAUGUAUAUGGAAGUAUACAAGCAGAGAGACCACUUCCAAUCACCGACAUUCGUGAAUGGCAGACAUGGGGCACGGGCAAAAUGGCAUGUCCAGGACGUUUCUAUGCGAGUGCAAUGAUGAAGCAGAUUCUCGGACUGAUCAUAACUGACUACGACUGCACGAUGGAAAAUGUGAAUCAGAACCGCAACUUCUCUUGGCGGACUGUUUAUAUCCCAACGACUCCAUGUAUCACAUUGAAGCAGAGGGCGCAUUAGGCAUGGAUAGUGUAACUCUCAGUAGCCUCGAGCAUCCGGCUGCUCGCUCCUUAUCAUUUGGACAGGGAUCUGACAUCUUGUGAACCGCCGUGCCUUUUCUCCUUUUGGGCCCAACGGUCAACAGGGGUUCUCAAGACUCACCAAUCGUUUUGACCUCAUUUUGUUGAUCCGGCCUGCGCCCGGAGACACGUCAGCGAUCGGUGAAUAAUGAAACUCCCUGUGUGGAUUGUAUUUUUAG